UACUUCAUAUGCAUAUUCUAAGCAAACCCCACAGCCAUCACCAUCAUCAUCACCAUUACCACCCCAUAAAGCCUUCUCUUUUGUUCGUACGAACAUAAUGUCCAUAUAUAUCCUUCUUCUCGGAUCUCCAUCAAACCACUAACAAGAAGAAGAAAUAUCACUUCGGGCGUUCAGCAAAUCCCACCGAAAACGAGCAAUGAGGAAGCCAGAUCAGAUGACAAAAGAUAAAGUAAGCCAUAACAAUAACAAGAGCAAGCUAAGGAAGGGGUUGUGGUCACCAGAGGAGGACGAGAAGCUCAUGCGGUACAUGUUAACCAACGGACAAGGAUGCUGGAGUGAUAUUGCUCGGAAUGCCGGUCUCCAAAGGUGUGGGAAAAGUUGUCGCCUUCGUUGGAUCAAUUACUUGAGACCCGACCUCAAGCGCGGUGCAUUCUCGCCCCGGGAGGAAGAGCUUAUUGUCCAUUUGCACUCAAUUCUUGGCAACAGGUGGUCUCAGAUUGCGGCACGUCUUCCAGGAAGGACGGACAACGAGAUUAAGAACUUUUGGAAUUCGACAUUGAAGAAAAGGUUGAGAAAUAACAAUAUUUCCACACCCUCAACAAACGACAGCGACGCUUCAGAGCCUAGAGAUGUCAUAUUCGGAGGUGUAAUGGCAGCUCCCAUGCAUGAACAUGACAUCAUGAAUAUGUGUAUGGAAACAUUUUCCUCAUCAUCAUCAUCCUCCAUAUGCAUGAACACUUUGGUCACAAGCAGCCAGCAGUUUGAUCCGUUUUCUAUGAUUGAUAACCGCUAUGACAUGAUUGGUGCAGCAGGGUUGUUCAACAUGCAGCCUACAACCUUAGCAGAAUUUGGUACUGGGAAUGGACUAUAUGGAUCGGAUUAUCAUGGGAUCUUGAAGCCUAAUAGUAUGGGGUUAGAAAGGGACCUUUCACUUCCUCCACUAGAGAGUAGAUCAAGCAUUGAAGAAAAUAAUGCUCAUGAGGUAGAUGAGAAAAGCAUUAACAACCACUUCAAUAAUGGUUGCUUCAACAUUACUGAGAGCUUUAAAAUAGAAAACAUGUGUGGGUUUGGAAAUCAUGGGCAAGGAGAAAACUUAAAGGUGGGGGAAUGGGAUUUUGAAGGUUUAAUGCAAGACUUAUCCUCCUUAAUAUCCUUUCCUUGAUUUCCAAGUGGAAUAAAAGCCCGACCCUGCCUUCCGCUACCUCUCCUCUCUCUCUCUCUCUCUCUCUCUCUCUCUCUCUCUCUCUCUCUCUCUCUCUCUCUCUCUACUAGUGAUCUCUCAGCUUCCUCCCACACAUAAAGCUACCCAAAGCCAUACCCAAGUAAAUUUUGGGGCAAAUAUUAUUUCUCUCAUAACCAUCAUUUCAUACAUGCAUAAACCUCGUGGUCUUGCUGUAUUCCUUUUGUUCCAAUAUGAUCAAUACCUGUUAAUGUUUCUUUUAGCUUAUGAGAAAAAUGUAUCCAUCACCAAAUGCUCCCAUAUAGGCAUGGUCCCUGAUACCUAAUUAGCUAGCUAGCUAGGUCGGUCUGCAAUAAGAUUUGCAAUAUAGAGAUUAGGAUGAGGAGUUUCUAUUUGUAUGUAUUAAUUACAUUUCCUUGUGAGGUAUGCAUACAUUAUCAUGAGUACGUACUACUUGAUUGGCGCGCGGGGACAGAUCGAUUGGUGCAAUAAUCAUCGUCGACCCCAAUGAAGAGAAAUGUGAAUAGACGAAUAGCAGCAGCUACCAAGAUUAAUAAUAAGGAAAUAAAGAGUAUACGUACUAGCUAGUCGGCAAAUUGUAGUUUAAUGUACAAAAGAAAUAAUUUGGAUCGGAGGUACGUAGAUGUAAUUGCUAUGAAUUAGUGCAUAUAUGGGAGAAAAAAAAAAGUAUAUAUGUGUAACACCAAUCAUGCAUGUAAGCUUCCGUCAAUAAGAAAUGACAUUGAAGGUUAUCUUCAUGUUUUUUAA